GUAUUAUUAUUAUUCUAUUUAUCACUUGAUCCAAUACAAUUAUUUAUAUUUCCAUCAAAUAACUACAAAACUAAACCCUCAAUUCUUGUCCUAUAAAUACUCCAAAAACUCCUCAUAAUUCUCACCAUCACAUCUUCUCUCUUACAAAAAAAUACCUAUUUUCCUAAACCUUAUUUUUUUUGUAAAAAAAACUCAUAAACCAAAAAAAUAAAAAUGGCAAGAGGAAAGCUAACAAAGCUAAUGAAGAAACUUUCAUUUGGUAAAACCAUACGUACAAACAACACGUUAUCAGCAUCAAAUUCCGAAGCCACCUCAUCGAGCUCGUUAGGCUCGGACAUCUCCUCGGAUACCUCCUCUACGACCACCCUACACCCGGUGUACGUAGGGAAGUCUAGAAGGCGGUAUCUCCUCCCUUCUGACGUCGUAGACCAUCACAUACUCCGGAAGCUCGCCGGAAAUUCUUCCGGCGACGAUGAGAUUACGGUGGAAGGAUGUGAAGUGGUGAUGUUUGAGCACUUGUUAUGGAUGUUAGAGAAUGCUGAUCCUAUGCCUGAGUCUUUGGAUGAACUUGUGGAUUUUUAUGCUUGUUGAAAAAAAAUUGAAUUUUUUUAUUAAUGGGCCUAUAAUUUGGGCUUGCAAUCAUGGGCUUUGGAUUCUGGGCCUGGUGAAUUGUAUUGGGAGUGUAUAGUAUUAGUGGGGGUAGUUUAGGAACUACUCCUUAAUUAAAAAAAGGUUUAGUAGUUUUAGAAUGGGUUUGGUUUAAAUGAGGAUUAUUGUUCAUUAAUCCCAUUAAAGCCAUCUCUCAACAAAAAAAAAAAAAAAAAAAAAAAAAAAAAAAAAAAAAAAAAAAAGGUACGAUGUACUAUUAUUUUCAUUUUUUGGGGCCCAAUUUAUAUAUGGAUUGUUUGCACAAAAUUAUUCUAUUGGAAUUACUAAUAUGUGCAACAUCAUUUGAGUAUUUUUAAUUUUUUUUAUCAAUAAUAUAGAUAUGAUCAAUUUAAUUAAAGUGUAAUUAAGUACGAAUUAUAUUCUAACUCUGUUUCUAUUUGAUCUUUAUAUACAUUUUGC